CAGUCGCGCCGCAGGCAGCUGCUGUCAGUUUCAGUUCCUGAUUCUGCUCUCAUGUUUUCACUGUCAGCUCUGGGCAGAUAGCUCGGCGUUAUUACGUUGUUUUUUUAUUGCUUUUUAAAUGUUUUAAAUGUUUUGGGUAAGAUCUGAAAAUGGAUUAUAUUCAGUCGUUCAGAGACGCGAUCGUUGGUAAAAUCUGGCCUGUUACCGAAGCUCUGAGAGAAGUUCAGUUUAAAGACUAUUCUGAUGCCGAAACGCCAAUGGAGAACGCGUCUGAAACACACUCUGCAGAUACCGGGCAGAAGAAGACGCCGGAGAAGAAGGAUGGAAGGCGGAUGUCGUUCCAGAGACCGAAGGGCACCAUCGAGUAUUCCGUGGAGUCGCGGGAUACUCUAAACAGCAUUUCGCUGAAGUUUGACACCACUCCCAAUGAACUUGUUCAGCUCAACAAACUCUUCUCCAGAAAUGUGGUCCCCGGUCAGGUUCUGUAUGUUCCUGAUCCGGAGUACGCGUCCAGUGCCGGCAGCUCUCCCUCCUUCAGUCCCAGCAGCCCACUCUCUCCCACCUCCUCUGAAGCUGACCUGGAGAAAGUGACCACGGACUCCAAUUGUCCACCUCGCUCUGAUGCUCCUGCCCCUCCAGCCUUCUCUGCACUGCGGUCCUCCCGUGUGGUUUCCUCCACCUCGGAGGAAGAAGAGGCGCUGACAGAGAAGUUCCUCAAAAUCAACUGCAAGUACAUCACGGAUGGCAAGGGAGUUGUUAGUGGGGUGUUGCUGGUGACGCCCAACAACAUCAUGUUUGACCCUCACCGGACGGACCCUCUGGUUCUGGAGAGAGGCUGUGAGGAGUACGGGAUCAUGUGUCCACUUGACGAGGUUCAGUCUGCAGCCGUCUACAGAGAGAUCACCGACAGCAAGAUCCGUGACUCCGUACCCCCGGAUCUUGAAGCCACGUUCUCUGGAAGUUGUCAUCAAACGGAUCAGCGUCUGCGGGAGGGUUACGACAGCGCCAGCACUGCCCCACGCAGCACCGAGGGCUCCUUCUCAGAGGACGUCUUCACCGAGUCAGAGCUCUCACCCAUCCGAGAGGAGCGGCAGUCCACAGAGGAGCUCCAGCAGGAGGACAAGUCAUCGAGAGCCUCGUCUCAAUCCGUGCAGACCAUCCUCCGGGAACCUCCAACAGCUGACCGCAGUCAUACAGAGGAGGGAGAACCAGCCAGCAACACUGCCCAGCCCAACACCUCAAUGAGCUCCAAACAGCCAAGCACACCCACCAGCAAGGACCACCAGCAACCACCCCACUGCCAGACCUCCUCAGGUUCUCAGAGCUCGGCCCCUGGAGCAGACGAGGCCACGGGACAGGAAAGCAGCCCCGAUGGGGCUAAACUGACCAGAGAUGGUACUCGAGAUUCAGAGACGGACGUUGAGGAGCUAAGGAAGAUGUGGAAGAGCCACACUAUGCAACAAGCCAAGGAACAGCGAGAGAACGUCCAGCAGGCCCAGAAAGAGAAUGUGCAGCAACCUAUGGGCAGCCAGAGACUGAGCUCUGCUGAGGGCCCCAUGUUGUCCAAGGAGAGGCAGAAGUCUCACAAGUUUCUGUGUCUGCGAGUGGGCAAGGCCAUGAAGAAGACGUUUGUGUCCAACGCCAGCGCCUCAAUGCAGCAGUACGCACAGCGCGACCGCAAGCAUGAGUACUGGUUUGCCGUUCCCCAAGAGAGGUCAGACCACCUGUACGUUUUCUUCAUCCAGUGGAGCCCUGACGUUUUUGGGGAUGGGCUAGGAAUCAUCAGCCGUGAUCCUGGCUUCAUCGUGGUUAAGAAAAUCGAGGAGUCCGAGGCAAACGAGGAGCAGCAAACUGUAGAAAGUUCAACCAAGGAGUGGGAGGUAGUCUCAUGGACUGAGUACCACUGCCGGAUCGAUGCGUUAAACAGUGAAGAUCUGCGCUCCCUAUGCAAACGCCUCCAGAUCACCACAAAAGAGGACGUGAACUCCACACAUGGCACGUCGUCCAUCUCCGCCAGUCUGGAGCCGGAGACUUUCAAGCCCAACCUGAACGAACCCAGUGACCUUCUGGAUGCUGAGCAGAUUGAGAAGUUGGCGAAACAUCUCCCACCCAGAACCAUCGGUUACCACUGGAAUCUGACCUUCAGCACAUCUAAACAUGGCAUGAGCAUUAAAACACUGUACCGGACGAUGCAGGAUCAGGAAUCGCCCAUGCUAAUGGUUAUCAGAGACAGUGACGGACAGAUGUUUGGGGCUUUGGCCUCCCAACCCUUCAAAGUCAGCGAGGGUUUCUACGGCACAGGAGAGACUUUCCUGUUCACCUUCUAUCCAGAGUUUGAGGCGUACAAAUGGACUGGUGAUAAUCUGUUCUUCAUUAAAGGAGACAUGGACUCUUUAGCCUUUGGUGGAGGAAGUGGUGAGUUCGGGCUUUGGUUGGACGGGGAUCUUUAUCACGGCAGGAGUCAUUCAUGCAAAACCUUCGGGAAUCCCAUGCUCUCCAUGAAGGAGGAUUUCUUCGUGCAGGAUAUUGAGAUCUGGUCGUUCGAGUAGCAGCAUACAGGGAGGUACCUUUGUGUUGUUAGUUGGAAAGAGGAAUUGGACACCAGGCAGAUCCCAAACCUUACUGCACAUCACCGCGGCUCCCAGGAAGCCCGUAACGGACGCUACUGUUACCGCGCUUGUCGUAUGUUACUCCUGCAUUUAAUACAGAGCUCUUCUUUGUGCUGUUUAGUAUAUGUGUUUUGUUCAAGCCGUGUGCAGUGUCAAUAACGAACGGGAGGAUGUAACAAGGGACCCCCGUGAGCACCUUUAACAUUGAGUGGAGAUGACGAUGAAAACGAUGGUGGUGGCGGCACGGGUUUGGGCUGCCCGAGAACUGCCACAGUCCAAUUUACCUGAGCUGAAGCGGCAGGAGAACGUUCAAAAGAUGAUGUUAGCCGAUAGGAUGUCACUACUGCAACACGGGGAUCGAUGGGGGGGGGGGGGGGGAAACAACUACGGAAAAAGAAAAGCAAACAACUGAAAACACAUUCUCUUGCUCUCAGAGGAAGAAUAUGCAUUUUUUUGGAUCGCGGUGGCGUCCACGAGAAGACGAGAACAGAUCCGUAGUUUCUUUUGAGGCGAAAUAUUCAAGUGUCGUGAAACUCGUAGUCUUUCUGUUGUUCACUAUCAUAGCACACUAUGUCGAAGCACAUAAUCGGAAACCCCAUAGUCGUAAUGUUCUGUUCAGUGGGUUUUACGUGUGAGUGUGGCUAACACCGACCCCUCCGCUUCGGAAGGGCCGACUUUUACUGUUCGUAGGCAGAAAUGUGUCGCAAUAGAUUUGUGGAAUAUGCAAAUUCCUGUCAUGUGACCUCAAAUAAUCCAAACGGGGCACUUUUGUUUUCCCUGUUUCUCUUUCUAAGAGACCUUUUACGUCUUGACGGAUUAAUUGCUUUUCUGGGUAUCAUUUGAAAAGCCUGAGACGUGGUUUAAUUGUUUUUCAUGAAUAUAAUGACAAUUCUAUAUUUAUGUAUAUGAUUAUAUAUAUAUAUAUACAUAAAUAUAUAUAUAUAUAUAUAUAUAUAUAUAAUGAUAUAUAUAUAUUGCUGUUAAGUGUGACAGUGAUCUUUUUUGUGCUGAUAUCUCAGCUGUUACUAAUAUAAUGUAUAUUACCCUGUAAAUUAAUGUUAAAAUAGUAGAUUUGUUCCUAUAUAUAAAUAUAUAUAUAUAUAUAUAUAAAUGAAUAUACAGUGUGUGGAUUGGUGGGUUGCUUCUCGCACUUUAUUAAUCUAGUUUCAAGCCAGGUUCUUCAGGCCUCAUUAGCAGUAGCAGUACAGUAUAUAUUUUUCUUUGUCUUUUAGAUCAUAGAGUAAAUGAAUCGUUUAUAAAGAGCUUGCUGCUACUGUGGAGAGGAAAAGCCCCGGAUGGGCGUCUCAGCGGUCGAGCACAGGGUCGAAUCUGACGGACUCUCUUCUUCUCACGUGUCCUGUCCCGGAGUUUUUUGGUUUGGUUUUUGUCAGGUUUUUUUUCUUUCUUUUUUUCGGUGUCUAGAUUGACCGUGCACACAUCGAGAGGAGCACAAACGUCCUUUCAAAGUGCAAAGAAGUGCAAACAAAUCCUUCAUCUACUUCACCGGAAUAUAAUGUUACAGUGAUGUAUAAAGAACAAUGAAUACUAAUAAAUUGUUGUAACCUGGGACAGAA